AUGGAGCCGGAAUCAGCCCCGGUCUCCAGAGUCAGAGCAGCUGCGUCCAGGGGGGGAUUCCUCUUAGCCUGGAUUGUCUUCUGCUCUACCUGUGGCCUGGCCUUCACCCAGGGAGAUCCUGAAGAUGUGGAUGUCCUCCAACGGCUGGGCCUCAGUGGGAAGAAGUCAGCUGGUGGAUGGGCCCCGGGGCUGGCCCCCAUCCCUCCAGGAGUCAUCCCGUUCCAGUCAGGAUUCAUCUUCACCCAGAGGACCCGGCUUGAAGCUCCCACGGGUGCCAUCAUUCCUGCCACCUUUGGCACUGACCUGACCUUGGUGCUGAGCCUCUGUUCCCACCGCGUCAAUAAUGCCUUCCUCUUCGCUGUCCGGAGCAGCAGGAAGAAGCUGCAGUUGGGUGUCCAGUUCAUCCCCGGCAAGAUUGUUCUCUACCUGGGCCAGCGGCGCUCGGUGGCCUUCAGUCACGAUGUGCACGACGGGCGGUGGCACCACUUGGCCAUCAGAAUCCGAGGCCAGGUGGUCACCCUCAUUACUUCCUGUGGGAAGCACCAGAUGCCCAUGGAUUUGCAUUUUAAAAAAGAUGAAUCUCUAGAUCCUGAAGGGUCUUUCCUCUUUGGGAAAAUGAACCAACAUUCAGUCCAGUUCGAGGGUGCAGUGUGCCAGUUCAAUAUUUAUCCUUCUGCCAAGGCAGCUCAUAAUUACUGUACAUAUCUGAAGAAGCAGUGUAGACAGGCUGACACAUACCGGCCACUCUUGCCCCCACUCCUUCCCCUCCUUCCCCAGGACCCUGGCGCCGACGUCCGCCUCGGCCUCCGGACUGACCCCUCUGUGCAGAGCCUGAGGAACCUGACCACUGUGAUGCCUCCAUUGGCAUCCCUCCGAAUUGCCAAGCCCACCCAGGCCUUGCCCAGAGCCCCAGGCAAAGGUGCCAAGAUGACGAUGGUACCUUCAGCACUGACCAGCCCUGGGUGGGUGGUGCCCCUCCGCCAACCCAUAAGGACUAGCACUGCAGUUCCCCGGUCAUCCCGAUCCACUGCAAUGAGUAGUUUGGUCUUGACCGUGCCGGUGACCGAAAAGCCAUCGCCUUUGUCCUCAGGCAAAGCCUCCUCCUCUGUGCUCAGGCCUGCACUGCCCACCUCGCCCAGCAACUCAAGCAAAGCUCCCAUUCAUGCCAGGAAGCCUGGGCCAGCCACAUCUAAAGCCAGUGUGGUGAAGACUCCCUAUAUUCCUGUGAAGCCAGUAACUCCUUCUCUCACUGUGCUCCCAACUAAGAGGCCCCCUCCCGUGGUCAAGUCAGUGCCCACCUCCCCGUCUAAGAGCUUCCCUUCUACCCUGAAGCCGGGGCUCCACGCCUCCCGCCCCGUCCCCGCCAAAGCCCCCCUUCCAGCCCCAGGGAAGCCAGCACUUCAGAGCUCUGGAAUAGCCCACACUCCUCUUGCUACUGCCAGGCCGGUGCCUCCUGCUGGAAGGGCCUCUCUUCCCGUCCCCACCAAGACGCUGCCCCAAGGCUCCAGGGCCAAUGUGGCCGGCAUCGUUCCUUCCACCGGUCAGCCAGUGUGGGCCUAUACUGGCGCAGCCAAGCUGACCCACCCUUCGGUUAAGCCAUCCUUGCCAGCCUCAGGUUCUAGCCUAGCUCAGACCCCCAGACCCCCAGGGAAACCAGCAUUUCCUACUCCGGGGAUCAAAUUUCCCGGAACAAUGCCUCCCACCAUCCACCCAGGCUCUCCUCCUGGUCUCAACUCUACUGGCAGCAAGAGGGUGGCUGAGUCCACUGUGAAGAAGAAACUGAAUCCAAAGAGUACGCCCUGGCCUCCCAGCCAUGCAAGCCCCAGGAAGGCUGGAGAUGCUCCCACUACUGUUUCCUUCUCUUCAAGCCUGAAGAAUCUGACUGCUCGGCCCCUCCCCAAACAGGCUCAGCUCGGGCGUACGGCUGCCAUGGUGCCCACGCAGCAUCCACCCUCCGGCUCCCGAUUUGUGGGCGCUGUCACCCUCUCUCACACAGAUGGCUACCUAUUCUUUGACCCCAUUGGGCCCACCUUGUUUCCAUUGCUGUUGGGACCUCCGGGGCAGAAGGGGGACCCCGGCUUCCCGGGUGCCCCUGGGCCUCAUGGAAACCCUGGUCCUCCUGGUCCUCCUGGUGCAAAGGGACAAAAAGGAGAUCCUGGGCUAUCCCCUGGAAAGGCCUAUGAUGGUGAAAAGGGAGACAUAGGCUUACCUGGACUGACUGGGACUCUAGGACCCACUGGCCGAAAGGGGCUGAAAGGCUAUCCUGGACCACCUGGACAUCCUGGAGACCAGGGGCAGCCAGGACCGGAAGGGAGUCCAGGAGCCAAAGGUUAUCCUGGCAGGCAGGGAUUACCUGGGCCAAUAGGAGAACCUGGACCCAAAGGCAGUCGGGGGUAUAUUGGUCUCCCAGGGCUCUUUGGCCUGCCAGGACUUGAUGGAGAAAGGGGGCAACCUGGAGUUCAUGGCAAGAGGGGCAAGAUGGGUAGGCCGGGAUUUCCUGGAGACUUUGGGGAAAGAGGACCCCCUGGAUUGGAUGGCAACCCUGGAGAACUGGGUGCCCCAGGCCCACCUGGAGUUCAUGGACUUAUUGGUGACAUGGGAGCUAUUGGUCCAAUCGGCUACCCAGGACCCAAGGGAAUGAAGGGGCUUAUGGGAAACAUCGGAGAACACGGACUGAAAGGUGAUAAGGGUGAUCAAGGGCUGCCUGGUGUGCCCGGAGAUAUCGGAUUCCAAGGAGAUAAGGGGAGCCAGGGAAUGUCAGGGUCACCAGGUGCUCGAGGAAAGCCAGGCCCCCCAGGAAAAUCUGGUGACAAAGGACCAGUUGGGUUUCCUGGGCCUCCAGGCCCUGAGGGUUUCCCAGGGGACAUAGGACCACCAGGCCAGAAUGGACCAGAAGGUGCAAAGGGAAAGCCAGGAGCUCGAGGCUUACCAGGACCGAGAGGACAGCUUGGGCAGGAGGGAGAUGAAGGACCAAUGGGGCCACCAGGAUCCCCUGGGUUAGAGGGUCAGCUUGGCAGGAAAGGAUUUCCAGGAAGGCCUGGCCCUGAUGGCUCCAAGGGUGAGCCAGGAAAUGCGGGUCGACCUGGAAGAGUGGGAGAGCAGGGCCUGAUGGGAUUUAUCGGUUUGGUCGGAGAGCCAGGAAUCGUUGGAGAGAAGGGCGGCCGCGGUGCUAUGGGCCCACCAGGUGCUCCUGGAGCCAAGGGGUCGAUGGGUCAUCCUGGGACAGCAGGAGGAGUUGGGGAUCCUGGAGACCCCGGGCCCCCAGGACCUCCUGGAACUCGAGGGCCGCUGGGGCUGCGCGGAGCCAAGGGACGUCGGGGGCCCCGAGGACCCGAUGGACCAGCAGGGGAGCAAGGGUCACAAGGUGUCAAGGGCCCUCCAGGAACACAGGGCAAACAGGGCCUGGAUGGACAGCAGGGCCAGGAAGGCGAGAGAGGGGAGAUGGGGCCUCGUGGCUUCCCGGGAAUUCCAGGCCCUUCUGGUCCUCCAGGGGCCAAAGGCAUUCCAGGAGAACCGGGCCCUCAAGGACCACAGGGACUGAUUGGCCCAUUGGGAGAGAUUGGACCAAAGGGUCCCCCUGGUGCUCUGGGAGAGCCUGGCCUUCCAGGUGAAGCUGGGAUGAAGGGUGAUUUUGGACCUUUGGGCAUCCCUGGAGAGCAAGGUCUGAUUGGUCAGAGGGGCGAGACAGGGCUGGAGGGAGAUAGUGGCCCAGCUGGACCUGAUGGCCUAAAGGGAGACAAGGGUGAGCCAGGCCCGGAUGGCGAGCGAGGAGAAAAAGGCAAAGAGGGCCUGAAAGGCAAAGAGGGUCCCCCUGGCUAUCCUGGUGUCACAGGUGUCCGGGGUCCAGAGGGAAAACCAGGCAAACAAGGCGAGAAGGGGCGAACUGGACCCAAGGGCGCCAAGGGCUACCAAGGGCACCUUGGCGAGAUGGGUGUUUCAGGAGAGCCUGGACCAGCUGGCAACCAAGGUCCAAAAGGAUCCCGAGGCACCCUGGGACCAACGGGUGCUCCGGGGAGGAUGGGAGCUCAAGGAGAACCUGGACUGCCUGGCUAUGAUGGACACAAAGGACUUCAGGGACCUCUUGGACCACCAGGGCCAAAAGGCGAGAAGGGAGAACAAGGCGAUGAUGGGAAGACUGAGGGCCCUCCAGGGCCUCCCGGAGAUCGGGGUCCAGUGGGUGAUCAUGGAGACCGAGGGGAGCCUGGAGAUCCUGGAUAUCCUGGCCAGGAGGGUCUUGAAGGAAGCAGAGGAAAAGCUGGUCAACAAGGUUUACCGGGGCAUCCUGGACCUCGAGGACGACCAGGACCCAAGGGAUCGAAGGGUGAAGAGGGUCAGAAAGGGAAGCAAGGAAAGCGUGGAGAAGCCGGCAGCCGAGGCACACAGGGCCUGGUGGGACUGCCAGGGCCGCGAGGUGUGGUGGGAAGGCAAGGCCAAGAAGGACUCCCUGGCCAGGAUGGAGUUCCCGGGAAGGACGGCCGAGCAGGACAGCAGGGGGAACAAGGAGAUGAUGGAGAAGUUGGACCCAUUGGCCCUGCAGGCAGGAGAGGAAAUCCAGGUGUGGCCGGUUUGCCCGGAGCUCAGGGACCCCCAGGAUUCAAGGGUGAAAAUGGAUUGCCUGGACAGCUGGGUCCUCCCGGCAAGCGAGGGACAGAGGGAGGAACAGGGCUCCCUGGGAGCCAAGGGGAGCCAGGAUCCAAAGGCCAGCCGGAACUGAGUGCAUCUCUCCCUUUUCCACAGCAGCAAGAUGACCUUGGCGCAGCUUUUCAGACAUGGAUGGACUCCAGCAGUGCACUUAGGACAGAGGGCUAUUCCCAUUCAGACCUUCUGGUAAUGGACCAGGGUGGGGAGAUCUUUAAGACCUUACACUACCUCAGCAGCCUCAUCCAGAGCAUCAAGAAGCCUCUAGGAACCAAGGAGACCCCAGCCCGUAUCUGUCGGGACCUAAUGAACUGUGAGCAGAAGAUGACAGAUGGUACCUACUGGAUCGACCCAAACCUUGGCUGUUCUUCCGACACCAUCGAAGUCACCUGUAAUUUUACCAAAGGUGGACAGACAUGUCUCAGGCCUAUCACUGCUUCAAAGGUAGAAUUCGCCAUCGGACGGGUCCAGAUGAAUUUCCUUCACCUGCUGAGCUCUGAGGUGAUCCAGCACAUCACUAUCCACUGCCUCAACAUGUCCGUAUGGCAGGAGGGGACAGGCCAGGUGUCCCCCAAACAAGCUGUGCGCUUCCGAGCCUGGAACGGGCAAAUCUUUGAAGCGGGGGGCCAGUUUGAGCCAGAGGUGUCCUCAGAUGAUUGCAAGGUUCAGGAUGGCCGCUGGCACCAGACGCUGUUCACCUUCCGGACGCAGGAUCCCAGUCAGUUGCCCAUAGUCAGUGUCUACAACCUCCCCCCAGCUACCCCUGGGAAGCAGUACCGCCUGGAAGUUGGACCUGCGUGUUUCCUCUGAACGAUGACCUCCAUGCCGCUCCAUGUCACUCCAGGCCUCUGCGGACCCGAGACAUGGGGAGGAGGAAGUGUCCGUCCCUCUUCUACAGAGGCAGCCGGGCCAGGGGAAGGAGGAGGAGGAGGAGGUGCCCACACCCUCCCCGUCUCCAGCGUGGGCCCAGUGCCCACUGACACACACUCCACCCCUGGGGAAGGCCCAUGGACCCAGGACAGGCCGUGCUUGUCACCUGCAGGGUGGAGGCAUGUGUGGGGCAUCAGGGGAAGGGACGGCCCUGGGACAGGCUGUCCUGGGAUCAGCCCUAGCCAGUAGCUAUGAGGAUGAAGGUGUGAGGCCCGCCCCAAGCCAUCCCAUCUCCAUCCAGCAACCAAAGAACCAUCCAAAAGUGAUGGCAGCCACAACCCAACCCACAUUCCCCCAAGUCUCUGUUACUGAGUCUCCUUGUCUCCCAGACCCUUCCUCCCCAGUUCUCUGCCAGGCAGGGAGAGAGGAACUGAAUAAUUCAGGCCCUCCAGUAGCUUUUGAGAAGGGUUAGGGUUGGGCAAGCUUUCCCUUUACUACCUGCCAGGAAGCUUUUGAUGUGCAAUAUUAGAAAAGAUGGGUGAAACAGGAGAAAAAAAAAGUAUAAAUAUAUAUAUUUUUAUUUAAAAGAAGAAAAUAGGAAAUUACUGCUCCUUCCCCCAGGGUGGCCACCUAAUGUCCCACAAUGGGAAAGGGGAGUGGGGGAAGAAUGAGAGCAAAAGGGAAAGGCGUGGAGGGUAGGGAAGGAAAGGAAGGGCACUGCCAAUGAUCAAGUGGAAAGAUCUUAGGGGCCAGGGUGAACACGUUUGCUACCUCCCACUGUGAACUCGCUGGUGCUCAAAAAUCAUGUUGUAUUGUAUGUGAUUCUUUUUAAAAGGAAAACUAAGACACAUCCUAUUUAAGGUUCUGAAGGUGCUAUUCCUUUGGCAGCAGACUCUGAAGAAAUCGGCCAAUGUGGAAAGCUCCCACAUCUGCUUCUCUCCCCAAAUAAAAUGACAGAGGUCAGGGAAUGAUUCUCUCCCCUUUCCUUCAGCUAGUCUGCAAAAGAAAAGAAGCCAAAAACAAAAAAAAAGUUAAAAACAAUCCAAAAAAAACAAAAACAAACAAAAACAAAAAAAACCCUACCAGAAGUAGAGAUCUACCUUUUAACUUAAGUUCAUGGAAGUAUUCUAAGGGACAAGCUCUCCUCUUGGGGUGGCAGGGAUGGAAGGGACUGAGGGAGGGACCUCGGUUGUUGACCAUCAGGGGCUGGAAGGGAGCUCAGAUUCGAACCAUCUCCUGUUGGAGGGGUAGGAGGUGCCUGCUCAGUCCAGCUCUGCCCCUGGACACUGAACAGAUGUUGGCAAAAGCCCUGCCGGUUAGGGACUGGGCUUCGGAGACUGAGUCUAAAUCUUAAAGGCUGUCUUUCUGUACCGCCUGACAGACUACUCCCAGGGUGCCUCCCUCCACCUGCCCACGGCACCCACACUUUCGAACCCCAGCAGUCCAACAUCUCUCUGGGAGUUUUGUCCUUUCAAGAGUUGCGUGUGUUUUAUUGUGUCGUCGUGUUUUUGUUUUUUUUUUUAAUUGUUAAGUUUUGUAGAAAUCUUCCGUCGCUAGUCUCUAUGUGUAAAUUUGGAAUGAACAAAAAGAGAUAAUUACAAUAACACAUGGAAAUCUCUAUAAGGGUAAUAUUAUUAUUGUAAGCCAAGCUGUACUAUAUUGGAAAAAGCUUCACUGCUUGGGUGGUUGGCAUUUUUGUGUCUCAAAGUUAUUUUGAAUAUGGGAUUCUUUUGUAGAAAAGGAAGAUUAUAUGUGAAAGUCUUUAUUUGUGUAUAUUCUUUGGGAGAGGGCAUUGUCUCUCUUUGGGGUUUAAAUCUGAUUUUUUAAUACCUCACCCUGCCCUACCUUUUGCUCCUUUUCCUCUGUCCCCUCCCAGAACCCUUUGCCUGGCCCAAACCCUCCCUGUACACCUCAGCACCCCACCUUCCCCUUCCCCACCCCCCAAAUCACCAGCCACACCUUUCCUGAAGCAGGUGCAUUUCAUCAGUUACUGUAGCCAAGUAACCCGGGGCUGGCUCCUCCUCAACCCUCUGGAUCCCCUCUUCUCGUCCUGUUCACCGUCUUCUGUCUGUCCUUCUGGGUCUUGUCCAUUUUUCCAGUCUGUUACUUUCCAGAUGUUUUUGUGUUAAGACCCUAUUUUGUUUUCUCCCUCCUGGACUUUCAAUAAAUAUUUAAAGC